UCUGUUACAAGGAAGUGAAACGCAGACAGUCACUCUGACUGAGAGCAGAAAUGGAGCAGAGUCAGUUCGACCGAGAGACUUUCUCCUGUUCAAUCUGUCUGGAUCUACUGACGGAUCCAGUGGCUACUCCCUGUGGACACAGCUACUGUAUGAACUGCAUUAAAGGUCACUGGGACGAAGAGGAUCAGAAAACAAUCCACAGCUGCCCUGAGUGCAGAGAGACCUUCAUACCAAGGCCUGUUUUGAAGAAAAACACCCUGCUAGCAGCUUUAGUGGAGCAGCUGAAGAAGACUGGACUCCAAGCUGCUCCUGCUGACCACUGUUAUGCUGGACCUGAAGAUGUGGCCUGUGAUUCCUGCACUGGAAGAAAACUGAAAGCCAUCAAGUCCUGUUUAUUCUGUCUGGCCUCUUUCUGUGAGAAACACCUUCAGCCUCAUUUUGAUUCAGCUGCAUUCAAGAAACACAAGCUGGUGGAGCCGUCCAAGAACCUCCAGGAGAACAUCUGCUCUAAGCAUGUGUCAGCUGCAGCAGAAAGGACUGAGAGGCAGAGAGAGCUGGAGGAGAGACGAGGAAACAUCCAGCAGAGAAUCCAGGACCAGGAGAAAGAUGUGAAGCUGCUUCAACAGGAGGUGGAGGCCAUCAAUCGCUCUGCUGAUAAAACAGUGGAGGACAGUGAGAAGAUCUUCACCCAGCUGAUCCGUCUCCUCCAGAAAAGAAGCUCUGAGGUGAAGCAGCAGAUCAGAUCCCAGCAGGAAACUGAAGUGAGUCGAGUCAAAGAUGUUCAGGAGAAGCUGGAGCAGGAGAUCACUGAGCUGAAAAGGAAAGACGCUGAGCUGGAGCAGCUCUCACACACAGAGGAUCACAGCCAGUUUCUCCUCAACUACCCCUCACUGCCAGCACUCAGUGAGUCUACACACUCAUCCAGCAUCAACAUCCGUCCUCUGGGACACUUUGAGGACGUGACAGCAGCUGUGUCAGAGCUCAGAGACAAACUACAGGACGUCCUGAGAGACUCAUGGACAAACAUCUCACUGAUGGUCACUGAGGUGGAUGUUCUACUGUCAGAACCAGAACCAAAGAGCAGAGCUGGAUUCUUAAGAUAUUCAUGUGAAAUCACUCUGGAUCCAAACACAGCACACACAUGGCUGAGACUAUCAGAGGGGAACAGGAAGGUGACAUUGAUGAAUAAAGGUCAGUUUUAUUCUAGUCACCCAGACAGAUUCACUGGAUGGUGGCAGGUUCUGAGUAGAGAGAGUCUGACUGGACCUUGUUACUGGGAGGUGGAGUGGAGAGAGUUAGUUUAUGUAGCAGUCGCAUACAAGAGUAUCAGCAGAGCAGGAUCGGGUAAUGAAUGUAAAUUUGGAUAUAAUGAUAUAUCUUGGGCAUUAUAUUGUUCUCAAAACAAUACUAAAUUUUGUCACAACAACAUUCCAACCUCCAUCUCAGGUCCAGUUUCCUCCAGAGUCGGAGUGUACCUGGAUCACAGAGCAGGUAUUCUGUCCUUCUACAGCGUCUCUGAAACCAUGACUCUCCUCCACAGAGUCCAGACCAGAUUCACUGAACCGCUACUGGCUGGAGUUAGGGUUUAUGACAUUGGAUCCUCAGCAGAGUUCUGUAAACCCAGAUAGAUUUCCUCUUUCCUCUCAGAUUGUUGAUCAGGGUUCAUGGUUCUGAUGUCUCUGCUCUGCUGUUCUGAUCUUCUUUAUUUUUCCGGUUUAGUUCUUUGUGUUACAGGAGCCAUAAAGGAAAUCACUGCUGAUCAUUUAUUUCAUUCUUAUGACAGAAAUAUUUCAUGAAAAUCUAAACUUCUCUGGACUCUAAUGGUUUUCCUUUCAUUUUUUUAUCCAUGUAUUUCGAUGUUUUAUUUGUUGUUAAAUCAGUUGAGAUCAAAGUGAUCUGAACUUGCUUCUGUUUUCUAUAUUGUGAUCCAAAAAACCUGAAACAUCAAAUCAGAACUGAUGCUGUUUUCUUCUCAUAUUUUUAGAUUUAGAUCAGAAAAAUGUCUGUAGUUCUGUCUCUUUGGACUUCUUCAAUAAAGAAACUUGAUUACAGAGAAA